UUUCAUCUAAAAACUUGCCGCUUCCGCAUUCAUAACAUGCUUUCCUUGCUCAACCGAAUACAAUGGCUUCUGCAGCCAUGGAGGAUAGUGGGUUUUGUGUCAUGUGUGGUUGGAGUGUCAUGUUAUGCCAUCAGUUCCAACUUCAACCAUCUUUUGGGACACUGGAACCCUCUCAAAAUCUCCCUCUAUAUUAUUUGCAGUACCUUCUUCAGUAUUAUAGUUUUAUUUGCAAAGGAGUGGCCACGGUCGAGCAAUCCUCAGAUCAAAGCGCAAUUCGUUUUUGUUGUGUUGAUGUUCACCUUUAUUUACACCUUCUUUUCCAACAAAGAAGAAGUGAAGAAGCCAGAUGCAUACGGCCCGAUAUCCUUUGCUGCGUUUACUGUGAUGUCUUGGAGUGUAUCAAGACAGACUAACCAUGGAUUUGUAUCAGAAACUCUCUAUUUUUUUCUCGGAGAACUAAUUUUAGAACUCAUGAAGAUAAUAAAUUGGUGGUAUGUUAUCCUUGGAGCAACCUUCAGUUAUAUUCUCAUCAUCAUUAUUCUUCGAUUAAGUAACAGACAACAUCACCUCCCCACUCAAGCGCCGUACACCAGCUUCAGGCAUGCUCUAAACCAAGAUCCACAUGACGAAGGCACCUCUCCUCUUGCAGCGCCUCAACCACCCAGAGUUUCUGAAGACAUCGUACAUAGCUUCAAGCUUGCUCUGAAGAAACUUCAUCAGGACAACUGGAGACUUGCCUGGGAGUUACAAAAUCGUCUGAAUAGAUACCUUACAGAUGAGAUUGACAAGAUUCCGGAGGAAACUCUGAAUGAUCACAACUUCUUGGUGGAUGAGAUUUCUCCACAAGUACUUUUGGAGCUUCAUAAAACUGCAAAUCUCAUGAUUUUGGGGCAGCGCGAAAGGGAUUGCGUGGACGAGUACAUAAAUAGUCGGAUACACUUCUUGGAGAUGUGCCAGUCGGAAUUGCGGUUGGAUAUUUUCCAGUUGCAGCAAAAGGAGAAUAUAAAUGAGGAGGAGAUAAUUAAGAAGUGGAUUAAACUUUCCAGCAUAGCAAUGAGGAUAUUAUUUCCAAAUGAAAGGAGACUUUGCGAUCGAGCCUUCAACAUCUCUUCCAUCUCGGAUAACUGUUUCAUGCAGAUUUGCACCAAAUUGACAAAAGAUUUACUGAGUUUUGCUGAUGGUGUAGCAGAUAGGAGCCAAGGGCAGAGUGGUUAUUUGCCCAACAUUCUCCAAGUCCUCAACACACUGAAUGACCAAAUCAUCCCUGCAUUCGAUUCACUUUUUUCUAUUCAAUCCAACACCUCCCUCAGGAGUGAAACAAUCACCGUUGUAAAUAGACUAAGGUUAGCAAUCAGGGACCAGCACUUCAAGGGGUUGGAGGAUUUAAUCUGCCGCGACGAUAGGCCAAUCCCUCGUCGUGGUAAAACCCAUAAACUUACUGUUGAAGUAUUGAACCGCCUCAGAGACGCCUUCGAGGAUAGGGACAUCCUUGAACCAAUCCUCCGUGAUUACCCAAAAGUCCUUGUUAGCGAGGGGAUGUCUUCGGUUUCAGCCCACAUUGCGUGGAUUAUAGAACUACUAGAAACCCAUUUGGAAGCUAAGUCCAAUAUCUGUUGGGAUGGUGCCUUGGGUUGUUUUUUCUUAAUGACUAAUGUCAGCUACGUAAAACGGAAUGCUUGCAAAAUUGAAUUGGAUACCCUUUUGGGGGAUGAUUGGAUCCAACAACAAAAGGACAAAUUCCGACAGUACCUCGAGGACUACCAAAGAAGCUCUUGGGAUACGGUACUGGGAUUUUUGAAGCUGGACAAUGGUAAUCUGACGGCUGAGUCAAUGACAGAGAAACUUUCCUUGUUCAACGAGCACUUUUAUAGAAUUUGGCAUGAUCAGAUUACGUGGUUUGACGGUGGUUUCGAGACAGAGUUACGUGAAGAAAUAAUAGAAUCAGUGUGCAAGAUCUUAGUCCCAGCAUACGAAAAUUUCGUUGCAGUGUUCCGUGAUGUUCUUCCUGAGCAUGCUGAUGACUAUAUCUUGUAUUCUGCAUCGAAGUUUAAUGAUGCGUUCUACGGCUUCUUCAAAGGUUUCGAUUGGUAUUGACAAAUAUCCCAAGAGGAAGAAGGUAAGGCGAAGCUUGCCGGUUAUGUUAGGUUGAUUUAUUUAUUUAUUUAUUUAUUGGUGACUCUAGGUUGAUUUAAUUUGAUUUCUUGUUUAAGUGAGAUUGUUAUGAAUAUUUAUUAUAUUUUGUUAGAGAUAUAACUAUUUAUGAUGCUGGUAUCACUUAUAAAAUUAGAUUAAAUUAGUCCUAAUUGAUAAAUUCUAA